AUGGCAGUCAUCCUCACCACCCUGAGCUGGGUCAUCAUGCUUGUGAUCUGCAUUCACCCCAGGUGGGUCACCCUAAAACAUUCCCGAAGGGAACCAUGGAACAACAUAACCUUGAGCUUUGCUCUCUGGGACAACUGUUUCCAGUGCUUGGUUCCCAAUAAACUGUCAGUUUACCUCUUCAUCUCUCGAGGGAUCAUGUUCCUGAACCUGGUCUUCACCUCCCUCCUAAUUCUCUCCAUGUUGUGCUCCUUUCGAAGAAUAUUCAGUCGUAUCUCCAAGCUGGACUUCAUCUUCUCUAUGGCAAACUACGUCUCAGGAUUGGCCUUGUUCCUGUGCGUCACGUUGUUCGGGCUGCAGGUGCUGGAAAUCUUCAGCGAGGAAGGGCGGAUGUUCCACCUGCAGUGGCCCUUUUACAUGUCAGCCUUUGGGAUCUCCAGCUUCAUCAUGGCUGGAACCAUCUGUCUCAACACUCAGAAAUAUUCCUGGAACAUAUCCUACCUCUCUCCUAACAUGCUGCUCAAUGGAGUCGAUAAGUCAAAGAAACAUAAGGUAUAUGGAAACCUGUGGCAGCAAAAGUCCUCUUCCACCAUCCCUCGGGAGAUGACCGGCUCUUCCAUAGCCGUCACCCAGGAGACAUCCAUCACUGCCAUUCUCCACUCAGAAGUCUUGGCCAAAUGA